UAAAGACUAACCGAUCCAUAUAGCCUAAAUUUCACACCUCUCUGAUUCCCCAGCUCCUUACACCUCCUUUGAGUUUUUUCAACUGUGUCAUUCCUGCCUAGCACAAAGCUCCCACCAACUCCUCAUCAGUCUCUCUUCCUCUCUUUUCUGAUUCUUUCAAGAGUGAUAGUUCCCAUUUUCAAUAGCUUUCUCAAAUUUAGUUUACAUAUCCCAAACUGUAUUCUUCUCAAGACUGGGCCUUUAUACCAGCUCAGUCUGCGCAUCUACCUGAAAAAAGAAAAACUACCUCAAAUCUUGUCUUUAUAUCUCAGUGAGGUCAGUUUCCAAACCAGGAAUCAUCGCGGCCGAGAGAUCAAAGGGGAGUUUACAGGAGCUAGUUCAAGUACAUAAUCAUCAGGCAUGGCAUCUACAGCUAUUCCACAACCAAUGGAGGGACUCCGUGACUCGGUUCCUCCACCAUUUCUCACCAAAACUUAUGAUAUAAUAGAAGAUGCAAGCACAAACCAUAUUGUUUCUUGGAGUAGAGGUAACAACAGCUUUAUUAUUUGGGAUCCCCAAGCCUUUUCCACGAGUCUCCUCCCUAGAUACUUCAAGCACAACAAUUUCUCUAGCUUUGUUAGGCAGCUUAACACAUAUGGGUUUAGAAAGGUUGAUCCAGAUAGAUGGGAGUUUGCCAAUGAAGGGUUUCUCAGAGGGAAAAAACAUCUUCUCAAGAGUAUUAGGAGGAGAAAAGCUCCUCAAACACUAACUUCUCAGCAAGCUCUAGAGGCUUGUGUUGAAGUUGGAACAUUUGGACUAGAUGGGGAAGUGAAUCGAUUAAGGCGAGACAAGCAAGUACUAAUGGUGGAACUGGUGAAGCUUAGACAACAACAACAGACUACUAAAGCUUGCCUUCAACUUAUUGAACAAAAACUUAAAAGGACUGAGAAUAAGCAGCAACAGAUGAUGAGUUUCUUGGCUAGAGCAAUGCAAAAUCCCAACUUUGUGCAGCAACUAGCCCAACAAAAGGAAAUGAGGAAAGAACUUGAAGAGGCGAUUAGUAAAAAGAGAAGGCGACCGAUUGAUCAAGGGAGUAGUAAUUUUGAGGUUGCAGAAUUCGGCCAUGGCGAGGGAGUAGGAACAUUUGUUAAGAUUGAACAUCAGGAGUUUGGUGAUCUUUCUGAGUUUGACGUUCCAGAAUUUCACAAUCCGGCAAUGAACAUGCAAGGACUAAGUGAAAACCAACUGAUCAACUUGGUAGAAGAACGUAUUGAGAAAGGAGAAGAACAUGGAAAUAAAGGUAACGAAAUUGAUGAGGGUUUCUGGGAAGAUUUAUUGAACGAGGAUAUUAUUGACGAAGAAAUAGCAGUAUUGGGUAGCGAAGGUGAAGACGAGGAAGAUGUAAGCGUGUUGGUUGAGCAGCUUGGUUACUUGGGUUCCAGUACAGAGUAGAGGACUUGAGAUUGACUGCUGCUUAUUCCUUGUUGCUUCGCUGGAGUAGGAAACUAUUCUACUUAUCUAACUUUUUGGUUCUUGUGGGCUUGAGUCAGAUAGCCUGCCCUGGCUGACAAAAGCCGACUGUGUAUCUUCAGAUGGAUUUGAUUUAGAAUUAUUGACCGGCAGUCUAUAUAUAUAUAUAUAUUUUCUUUUCUAGGUUUCGUUGAAUAUUAA